GCCUCGGUUUUGCGUUGAAUCCCAAAAAAUCGAAAGAGGCGCCAGCAUGGAGUUUCCAGACAAUUUCAACCAGCUGGAGCUUCUAAAUACACACAGCAAGUUGAUCCCGCGAGGGGCUCGCAGCCUCUGGGCCGGAACCAAGGACGAAGAGGGAGGAAUGGAGGGCGACGAGGCGCAUAGUGAGGAGUGGUACCUCCAAAAAGAAGAAGGUCUCAAAGACAAACCAGCAGAGCUCAUUCUUUGGGCUGCAGAAAACAACCGCGUGUCCACGGUCGUCGGCUUGUUAGCCGCAGAGGCCUCGUUGGUGCGCAGCAGCGACGAGGACGCUUACACUCCCCUGCACCGGGCGGCCUACGGCGGCCACGCGGCCGCGGCCGCUUCCUUGCUGGCCGCCGGCUCUAAGGUGAACCCUCGCACCGUCGACGGUUGGACGCCCCUCCACAGCGCCUGCCGGUGGGGGCACGUCGCCAUGGCGACCUUGCUACUUCAUCACGGCGCCGACGUUAACGCGCAGACCGACGGAGGCCUGACGCCUCUACACCUGGCGGCCUCGCACGGCAGUUCGUCCAAAACCGGCUGGCGCCACACUUUGGAGCUCCUCCUCUCUCAGCGCCACCUGAAGGCAGGACUUGGCAGCAACGGCGGGGAGAGCGCCGGUGAGCUGGCCCGACGGAGCGGCCCCUAUCACUUCCUCUUUGAGAUGGUAGAAGACUGUGCCGGCGUACGUCCCGGCCCGUGAAUGUUUUCUUCGAGAGCUUGGCGGUAACGCUGGAAAAUGAUUUGAAGAACGGCCCGCGCGGCUCUUGACAAACCCCGUAUUCGUUCGUAUUCGUUCGUGUUCGUUCAUGUGCUCAAGAUUCACCUUUCACAUUAAUGGCUCUCAAUUGAACUCACACCGGUUGUGUUUUGACGCCGACACGUCCUUUCUGGGGAAUUGCAAAAAUGUCUUCUGAUGUGCACAACCUCGAAAGACCUGUGGUGAAGGUUUCGUCUUCUUCUUCUGUAACCACAGGACAUUUGGAGGUUGGAUAAAAGCUCAAAGAUUUUUUCUUGUCUCGGUGGUGAAAAAAAAUGGAGUUUGCACUUUGUGUAACUUUGGAACUUAUCACUAACUGUUAGUCAAAUGAUGUCCCGACAUUUUAUGUGACAAGUUUUAAAGUCGGCGUCAUUUAGAAUUGUGGAAAAGAACAUUUGUGUCUUGUGAGAACGCAGUAUGUGCAGGGCGAUUAGUGUCUACAUUUGCACUGCCCAUCUAAAUGUAGCAUCUAUCAUUUCUGAACAUUUGAAACAAAAAUCGGGAAAACUACAAGCGUCUACGUUAAAGAUGACCUGAACUUGUUGUUUUGUUUCGGAACAUAUUAAAUUGGUUUGACGUGCUGAAAA